ACAAACACAACCUUAAUAUCAUCAUCUUCCUCUUCACCUUCUUUGGAUUCUCUCUCUAAAACCAUGAAACUACAUUCUUUUAAACUCAUCCUAUAUGGCUCCUCUUCUUCUUCUUCUUCAUAGAAAAACCUUCUCUCUCCUCCUCACUAUAACCUUCUUGUUCCUUUCUUGUUUCCCAUUCUCCAUUUCUUCACUCUCCACCGUUGCCAUAUCCGAAACCGGUAACCUCACAGUCAUCUGUGCAUCAAUCCAUUCCGCCUCCUCCUCAUUCCUCAACUGUACUAACUUCCCCGCUCCCGGAACUCAAACUUCUCUCUCUCCCUUCACCGCCAACAACAACAACACAUCGCUUUCUGGAAUCGUUGCCGGAAAUGGAUUCCUUUGCAGCCUAUGGUCACCACCACCACCCUCCUCCUCCACUUCAGUUAUGGGCUGCUGGAGAUUCUCCAACACUAACAACACCACCCAGUAUAAAAGGAUAUACCACAGCAGACAUGCCUCUAUCAAAGAGCUUGAUGCCGGAAACUCCCACAUUUGUGGACUUGUUAAUGAUAAUGAGACUACUACUAAUGACAGACUCAGCCUCGAGUGCUGGCAGUGGAAGGGAUUCAAUUCUACUGGUUUUAAUUUCUCGAAUAUAGCUAUUGGAGAAGAUUUUGUUUGUGGGUUACUGGAAUUCGGACGUAUCAAGUGUAUCCAAAAUCAAAACAAUGGCAACAACAAUGCUAGUGUGAUUGGCCACGAGCCUGACGGUAAUUAUAGUGUGAUUGCAGCAGGUUUCCACCACGCUUGUGCCAUUUCUUUGAGUAAUGGUAGUUUGGAGUGUUGGGGAGAGAUGGUGGGUGAGAAGCCAUUGCAAGGCGAUUUUUCGUCAUUGGCGUUGGGAGAGAACCGGAGUUGUGCCAUGCAGGCAUCCAAUGGAACAGUAAUUUGUUGGGGGGAAAAUAAUUUCAGUUUACCGGAAAGUUUGAGAAACAUUAGUUUCGUUGCAAUUGAAGCGAAACAACGGGUUUUCUGUGGAAUAGUGUCGUCUGAUUAUUCCUUGCACUGUUGGGGCACCGAGGUUUUUGAUUCAAAUUCAAUGGUGUUCCAGAAUGUGGUGCCGGGUCCUUGUACAAGUAAGUGCCGCCCUUGUAGCAGUCCUCUGCCUGAUUACGGCACUUUUUGUGGCCAAGGACUACAGAUCUGCAAGCCUUGUGUAGUCGGGGGACGAAGUUCAUCAUCUCCGCCACUGCCACUACCACCAUCGCCCAUUUUGCCACAACCACCACCUCAGGAGGGGACCAGUGGUGGUUGGAAUAAGAAAAUGGUGGCUUUCCUAGUGGUAGGAUGUGUCGGGUCCGUUUCAUUGGUAAUGGUAUGUUGUUUCUUAUUUUUCAGGUAUUGCCAAGUUAGGGGAAGCCGCAUUCAUGAUUCGGGGCCUUUGGAUGAUGAGGAAGGGACAGCCCCUUCUCAUCCUCAAUCUGAAGCUCAAUCUCAAACUCAGAUUCAGACUCAGACUCAAGCUCUACCUGUAUGUGUUCUAGAAAAGCGGUUGAGCCAAACGAUUAGUAUGGGAAAUGGGGGUGAUCACUUGGAAGAAUUCUCUUUGCAAGAGCUCCAUCAAGCCACUAACAACUUCUCGGAUGAUCACAAGAUUGGCACCGGUAGCUUUGGCUCAGUCUACCAUGCCACAUUACAUGAUAAGCGCCAAGUGGCCAUCAAGCGAGCUGAAACAUCCUUGUGCCCAUCACAUGUAGGCCGCUCCAAACGCCAAGAGGACAAGGACACUGCAUUUCUCAACGAGCUUGAAUUUUUGUCUCGCCUCAAUCACAAAAACCUCGUGAGGCUAUUGGGGUAUUGUGAAGACAAUAAUGAGCUCAUACUGGUUUAUGAGUACAUGAAUAAUGGCACACUCCACGACCAUCUCCACAAGCACGACACUCGUACCCCCUUGAGGAGCUUGAGCAUGAGCUUGAACUCAACCUUGAUUUCAACAUGGGCUGCACGUAUCAAGAUAGCACUAGAUGCAGCAAGAGGAAUCGAGUACCUACACAUGUAUGCAGUCCCUCCAAUCAUCCACCGAGACAUCAAGUCAUCCAACAUAUUACUCGACGACACGUGGACAGCAAAGGUGUCCGAUUUCGGACUCUCCCUAAUGGGUCCAUCUGACGACGAGUCACACCUCUCCGCUGCAGGGACCGUAGGGUACAUAGACCCAGAAUACUACAAGUUACAACAAUUAACGGCAAAGAGUGACGUGUACAGCUUUGGAGUAGUAAUGUUGGAAUUGCUAUCAGGGUACAACGCAAUUCAUCGGAAUGAGAAUGGGGUGCCGAGGAACGUUGUGGAUUUCAUGGUCCCGUACAUAGUUCAAGACGAAAUACAUCGGGUUUUGGACCCAAAUGUGCCACCACCAACGCCAUAUGAGAUAGAAGCAGUUGCACAUGUUGGUUAUCUGGCCGUUGAUUGUGUGAAGCCACAAGCUAGAUAUCGGCCAACCAUGUCAUAUGUUGUAAAUAGAUUAGAAGCAGCUUUGGCUGCCUGUUUGGCAACUCCUCCAAACUUGUCUCUAUCCCGGUCAAGUACUAGGUCUUCAACGUAAACGUACAUUAAGUUGGAUGCCAAUUAAUUGUAUAGUCCAAUUCAUUCCAAAUAGAAAAUUUUGAUUUUUAAUUUAAUUCCAAUAUUGUUGAAUUGAGAUUCAACUUGUUCGUAA